AUGAACCUCGAGCUUGAGAAAAAAAUCUGGCCAUGGAUCCGCGACUGCGCUUACGACAUCGGAUACACUAAGGACAACGUCUUCGUCGGCCAAGCCAUGUUUAUCGAGAACUGUAUCGCCUCAUUCACGGCCGCGUUAAACAUGAUGAUCGACAAUGGAUUGAUCCAGGAGCUACAAAAGGAAUGUAUAACAAGAGUCUCGAAGGGCGAAAAUGGCGGAGAAGCGAUAGAGGGGGUGACGGAAAUUAUAUUUCCCCUGGGAAGCAUUACAUUGAGCUCUCUACAAGCAGAAGCAGAAGCACCUAAGUGUUCCUGCAGUGGUGUGAGCCUGCCGGAAAAGAUUGGGAGCGACCCAUCAACAGUACGGCGUUAUGAUUUCAGUAAGAUAAACCUAGAACUUCCAGAAAUUUGCGAAGUUCCAACACAUACGUUCUUUUUCCAACAUCAAGUGUUGACAUCCGCCCAGAGCACUCUUGAAUCUGCAUGCUAUAGGUUCACCAAGAAGAAUUAUCCAUCGAUUCUCACACGUAACAAAUGGCGGUGCCCCGAGGCUGGCGAGCUCACAGCGUGGACGAAAGAGUUGAUACGAGCGUUCGAAGCUGAUCCUGGACCUGCCACCAAAGACUUACAUAGCCCGACAAAGUUUCCAAAAGUGCUAAGAGACCUUGCUGAGUUGAGGCAUACCACUGUUCAUCGACUUGCGGUUUCGGGUGAAAAAUUAUUGGGUUUGCUUGAGAACGCCUUCAAUGCUGUCAAAAUGUUCAAAGACAACAAGGCCAUAAACGCCAUUGCUCUACUUUUUCAUGGCCACGGGGAUUGCCUAACUUUGGGUCAGAAAAUAUUGUAUUCUAGGGCUAGAAUGUUGGAAGAAUUGGGAACCGAAAGAAAACGUGCUAAGAAACUGCUGGGAAAAUGCGAGUGGCAAAGUUUUAAAGUGGAGGAACGGGGCGGUACGGCGUACGAGAACUUUUUGGAAGACCAGCUGGAUUGGAUGUGUAAGGGAAGCUCAAGAAAGUCCUUGGAAUUUAUAGUUUCGGAAUUUUGGGAAAUGGUGGAUGAACAAGUGGUGCAGUAA